UCUGCUACUCAAGAACUUCUAUCCGUAUGCUUGGCCACAUUCACAAUCGGCUGUUGACUUUCUUUUUCAUCAGAAGGCCAUCCGGUCCCUUCCUGAAUCAUGGAUACAACCGUGGCGGUGGAGCAGCCUCCGAGCCUGAAGCGUGAGCGCUCUCUAAGCCCAGUGCCCGGAGCGGAGAUCCGCGACGUUAAGCGCCAGGCUGAGGCGACGUCUGCAGUCAUUCGCACACCCCCGGAGUUUCCUUGGCGAACCUGCCAGCAGCUGAGCGAUGUCGAGCGGCUCAAGAUCAAAGAAAAAGCUGUCCGGCAGGCUGAACUGGAUUGCCAGAAGAUCCGAAAUAUCUUGGAGAUAGCACUCUACCGGAUGGGAAAGGGUGCCGACACCAAAGACGCCGUCAUGAUGGGCCGAAACAUCAUCAGGGAGUGGCUGAAAGAACACAAAAAUGUCUACGAGAAACACGAAACACUUCAGAUUCUAGUAGGUGUCGAGGGACCUACCGGAGCAGGGAAAUCAUCGUUCCUUGGAUCACUGCUCCGAAUUCCGGAGCUGUUUCCAUCUGGUCAGGAAGCUGCCGCUACCGCUGUUAUCGGCAAGAUCUCUUGGAAUGACGUGGAUGAUCCUGAUUAUGCUUUCCGGGCGAAGAUCGUUCAUCGAAAGAAAGAGGACAUUGAGAGCGAUGUUGAGUCACUGCUGGUAGAAAUCAACCGCUACUCGGACCUUAUGGCAAACAAGUUCGACCAACAGGACGACGAAGAUGCACUCAGCAUCGAAGACGCGAAAACAGAGUCAAAGAACAAGAUUGAUUACGAACUGCCCAAGAUCAGAGCUGUCUGGGGUAUUGAGAAGCGUGAUCUGGAAAUCAUGGCGAGCAGAUGCCCUGAAAAGCGAUCCUAUGCCGAAACUGUGCAGAGUAUUCUGAGCAGGAACAUGCCAGCUCUGAAAAUUCUUGAAAAGGGCACCCUUAAUGUCAACAGGCCAACCGCGAAGCAACUCUCAGCUUUAAUCAAGCCAUAUCUUGACUCCACUACUGUCCAAGUGGGAUCAAGUCUCCGGUAUGCGGUUUGGCCUCUCGUCAAAGAGGUUCAUAUCUACGCCAAGGCAGAUAUUCUCAAACCCGGAAUCACCCUUGUCGAUCUCCCUGGCUGCGGCGAUGCGACGACCAGUCGCUCCGAAGUUGCCCAGAAAUUUUCCAAUCAACUGGAUGUUCGAAUGGUGGUAAGCCCUAUCAUUCGAGCGACAGACGAAAAGCAGGCGCAGUCGCUCAUGCAAAGUGGAUUUGAUGAAGCGCAGAUGAGAAUGCGUGGGAAGCUUGAUGGAAAUGGUUUCGGCGUCAUCGUUUCCAAGAUGGAUGAGAUCAAAGUUGAUUCCUAUAUUUAUGGCUGCGAAGAGCUCUGCGAUGAUCAGGAAAUUUCCCAGAAGGAAGCCAAGAUCGAGGAACUCAAGGCGGAAAAGUCCACCCUCAAAUAUCAGAACGCAGGAUUGAAAGAGAAGAAAAGGAUGGCCGAAGCUUGGAAGAAGAAGGCAAAGAGGCAAUACCAGCUUGCUCUCAGGAAACACAAAUCGAAACUUCAAGCGAACCCAGAAGAGAGCGACGAGGAAGUCAAGAAUCUUCGAGACAUUAUGGACAUAAAGGACCAGGAGUUUGAAGCAGCGGACAAAGAGCUUGAUCAGCACCAGUGGCGCCAGGGCCAGAUUGAGAAUGAGAUGGCGUACCUGAAAGACUGGCUUCAUCAUCGCGCCAGCCAGACUCGCAACCGACGCGUCAAGGAGCGCAUGCGUGACGACUUCAUCACUCGACAGGCUGAGUAUGAUGAUAUCGUCCCCGGUCAGCGGUCCCAGAACCGCCAGGAGUAUGUGCUUCCAAUCUUCCCCGUAUCCACCAAGGCCUUUUGGCAACUCCAGAACAAUGACGCGCCAUUGGAAGGAUUUCCCAGCGUCCGAUUUACCGGAAUCCCUGCUGCGGAGCAGUGGCUGCAUCGAGCCACGUUGAGCCAACGUGAGAAGCACCUCGACGAAACCCUGGAUGGUUACCAAAGUCUCAUGACGAUGAUGAGAAUCUACUCUCAAACAAGCGGCCAGGAUGGAAACUUCAAUUUCAGCAGACCUGAGGUGGAGAGUGCAGUGGCUAAGACCCAUCAAAUCUUUGCCAAGAAGCUUUCUUCCAAGCUCGCUGAAGCUUGCCUCGAGAUUCAAAAACUUGAUCCUCUUGAACACCGUCAACGUGCCAUGAACAGAUUCGUGGCGGAGGCGAAGAGGAUUGUCCAGCGAUGGGCAUACAAGUUCCCUGAAAAUUUCACCAGUACCAUAAGGAUGCACUGGGGCACUUACUAUGCCAACAUCUGCCGUUACGGAGCAGAAUAUACGAGCUUCUCAACCCCGAGGGUGACCUAUAACUGGAUGAAAAGCCUUGCCUCGCCUGUCCUGAAGACUCUUGGUAAAGAUUGGGAUAACAAGAUGAACAAAAAGCUACCCAAGAUCCGGAAGCCUAUGAUGGCCGGGUUCUCGCAGAUCUGGAAGGAAUAUCUCGAUCAGCUCCAACAAGACAUCAGUAACAAAGUGCCAGCUCUUGAAGUGAGCUUCAACAGCAUGAGACCAAUUCUCAACACUUCUCAGCGAUCGACGGAGAACCAGAUUCGCAAGACGAUUGAGGAGCUAUCCCAGAAAGCCUCCAGUGUCGCAUUUGAUUCAGCCGAGUUCUUGACAGACGAAAUGAAGCCCACCUUUGAAGAGUGUAUGGAGACUGAUGGCCGUGAUUCUUAUCGGAGACGAAGAGCGAUCAUCAAUGGAAAGGUUGAGCAAGAUGUAAAGCUUAUGUGCGAGGAGAUGCUGAACCGUCUCGCUGAUGGUCUGGCUGAAAAGAAGGCGGAGGUCCCCGGCGAACUGAUCCGCAUUGCCGAUGAAGCCAUCAACGGCGUCAAGCAACAACUGUCUUUCCUGGUGAAUAAUCUUGUGGAGAACUCUGCAGAUGGUUCUAAGAUUAACGUCCAGAAAACCGAGCUGCAGACGAAGAUCCGCGAAUUGGUUGAAGCCUGGGAGGACGCAUGGGCUGAGGAGGGAGACUACCCAGAGCACAUCCUUGACCAAGAUCUCAGCAUUCCAGAGGAUAUUCCAGCGCCUAUCCUCGAUGAGGAGAAUCAAGGCAACAUGGGCCUUGACAUGCUUGAUGAUGAGGACUUUGAAGAUGCGGUCUAA